GUGCACCGUCUGCUAGGCUAGUCAAGGACUUGCCCUUCCUUCCAACUCUUCUUUUCCAAAUCAAUAUUUGAUUUUUGUUUUUCCAAACAUCAAUUUCAAGGGCUUGGCAAUCGAAUUGAGUAGGCGGCGGAGUUGUAUUCUUGUUCUCUUUUCGAUUCGAAGAGGCGGAGUAGUUGAUCUGUGUCGCAGUUCUUCUCCCCUGAGAAACUUGCCGUAAAAGAGAAUCGACAACGUAGAAAUCAACGAAGAAAUUUUCCAUUUACUUCCUUAAUUAGAUUUUAGGGUUUGGUGCUGCAAUGGACGCCCCUGAAUCAGAUCCUUGCCCAGUGAAGGAGAAUGUGCCUUUGUUUAGUUGCGAUCAGUUUGACAAAGCUGUGGCACGAAAGAUCUCGCAGAUGCUACUCUUUGGAUUGUCCACAGCUUGUGUGGACAAUACAACUGGUCUGUUCAAGGGUCCUGCUUCAGUGGCUGUGGUCAUUAGGAAGGAGAUGGUAGACUAUCUCAAACAAAGAAGUCAAGCGUAUAUUGCAGAAGCCACAAUCCAAGGCGGUGCUAAUGCCACUUCAGUGGAUGAAUUUCUUGAAGGUCCGACUGAAGUCGUGUCCGUUCUUAUCGAUGAGUUUGUUGGUACAAAGAGGAACUUGUUCAGUCGUGUUUCGGGGUGGUUAUCGAGUGAGGGCCGAGAGGAGAAAAUAGAUGAUUUUGUGCAGGAAAUGGAGACAAAUGUAUUUUGGCCAAUAGAUCGGAGGGAAGCGGUUGCGGCAAUUCUGAUUCAAAAUGUGGAUUUGAGGAAUGUUUUCCACUGUUCAAUUAAGUUUGAUUCUGCUGAACAGCUUGCUGAGCAUAAAAGCCAGUGUGGAUAUAGGACAUUGAAUUGCAUGAACAAUGGAUGUAAGGCUAAAUUUUCUGCUAUGCAUGCUGAAAAACAUGACUUAGAAUGUCCUUUUAAGAUUAUCCCUUGCGAGCAAAUGUGCUCAGAGAUGAUUAUGAGGCGCGAGAUGGAUAAGCAUUGCAUUACUGUAUGUGCAAUGAAGCUUGUGAAUUGCCCUUUCUUUCAAGUUGGCUGUGAGUCAGCCUUUCCUCAAUGUAACCUUGAGAAGCACUGCUCGGAAUUUCUUCAGUCACAUUUACUGUAUGUCCUCGGAGUGAUUCACAAGCAAGAGGCUUCAAUGGAAGAGCUAAGGAUGCGUGUACAGUUGCUCGAAAAGUCACACUCGAUAAAUGAGUUAUCUGAAGCCUUGGAUGUGAGAUCACUUACCCUUGCGAUUAAGGAGCAAGAAGCAAAGAUGAGGAAACUGGAACGCAAUGUCAGUAAAAUUCAGAAUCAACAAGAGCUAAUCAAGAAUACAAAAUGAGCUAUAAAAUUCUCUUCUUCUGCUUUUCUUCAGUCGUGAUCUCCAUUUAUUUUUUUAUUUGGAGUAUACAAAUUAUUUCUUUGCUAUGUAAAUUAGAUGGAUUUCAUAUCAAUAUAAGUUCAUGAAGAGGUGUCCCAGAGCUGCCUUGUCUGGGAUGGUUUCAAACUUCUAACUUGGAUUUGGAAUGGGGAUAUACAAAGGCUAUCCACGAUCAUUUCUUCAAUGUUAUUUCAUUUGUUAUGACAAUUGCCAAAACAAAAACAGGUUUACCAUCACAAUUUGUAACACCCCAAAGGUCAUUAUAGAUACAACAAUUAUCAAGUUUUUAUCUCA